AUGUCAGUCCAUCACGACGAGGCCAUGGCUCCCCUGGGCGAUUUCCCGCAUCGGACGCCCAAGCCGCUGCCUUUCGAGUUGGUUCAACAUACCGGCAUUUUCUUCGAGGAACACCUCUGUUCGUGCUUCAUCCUCGACCCCCUCUUUCCAUCUCAUCGCGUCUCAAGGAACCCCACCCCAGCUAACCCGCCUGCAGACACACGAGCAUUAGAUCUUUUGUUCAACACCCUCGCCUCGGGGACUUACGCUUCAAAUACAGUCCUGACACCGCUGCCACAACAUCUGGCCAUUGCAGCCACAUUCCUUGUUCAUCCGUCCACGACCACCCGUGCCCAGACCAGCAAUGAGAAAGAUGCGCCGGACGUUGCACUGCGGCUGCUGCGGCUUUUUUGCGCCCAGGUCAACCCCAUAGAAGCAAAGCUCAAAAUUGCUUUUAGUUUCACCCGUUCCAAACUCUCGCGAUCAGGAAGAAGAUAUCACGAGGAACAUGAUCCGACUAGUGAACUUCGCCAUGACGAGACGAAACCGUUGAAUCUUGCAUUAGGUACGACGGAGUCCUUGUGGUCUCGCGCGGAAGACUUCUGGCAUGCCGUCGGAUGGGCAUUUAAUUGUUCUGUGCUUUAUCCGGAACGCUGGGACCGGUGGCAGAUUUGGUUACAGUUCAUGUGCGAAGUCCUCUUGGAUGACUGGUCACAACGAGAGAAGGAAUACAUCGCAAAGCAAGAACAACGAGGGGAAGACCCCCUGAAUAGUCUACCGGGGAAAUCCCGAGGGACAAGCCCGACGGAAGAUGACCUGAACAUUCUUCGGCAAAGUCUGAUCUUCCAGUAUAUUGCUGCUGGCGCGAGGAAUCUUAAUACUCGCCGGAUUAUCAAGUCUAUUUUUGCAGACGGGAGCACUGCCUCAGUGAAUCAGUUUCGCGAGGUCUUCGAAAAGGAGCUCGCGAUUUCAAAGCCCAAGAAACACGCUUCAAAGCCAAUGAAGCGAGAUCGUGAAGUUAAUAUUGAUAGAGAACAAUAUGGUGACUACUUGGAUGCAGAUUCGGAUGACGACUCCGUCUCCGGUCCGAGUAAGUCACAGUCCCGUGCAUCUACGCCUUUGGAAGACGCACCAAAUACUCGACGCUCGAAGCGGACUAGACGGGGCACCCGGAACGCGUCAGACCCGACCGGUGCAGAGCCAGCUCGAGAAGCUUCUGAUGCAGGCCAAGGCCACCUCACACAGCAUGGUGGCGGCGUGUCUCAAAUGGGCGGCCUCGACUCUCUUGGACUGCGUAAGAAGCUGCUCGGCAUCUUGUCCAGAGUAUCUGAUCAGCUACCCCGAGAUUUUAUUGAACUUGAUGGUCUCUAUCAACUGUUUGUUGAUCAAAUCCGUCACCAACCGCUACCUAUCUUCCAAGCCUUUGUCAAUCCACUCGUGCUUCCUGAACUCGACGACGAAGCGCAGACUACUCUUUGCGAGUUUUUGCUAUUCAACAUGAUCCAAAGUGGCGCUCGCACAUCACAAGAGGAUCGACUCACCGCUACAAAGUUGGAACAAUGUUUCCUUCCAUAUACGACAGCCACAGCCAGUGUCGCCGAUAAUGCCAAAUUCUCGAUUAUUCUCGAGUCGUUGGUUACGUUGCUGGCCGGCCGAGGCUGGAUCAAACAAACACCAUCUUUGACAGAGGCAGUCGAUACGGGGAUCGAACGUCGAGUCCGGCGGGCACAAGAAGAGUCACAUCGGGGCCAUGCUAGCCGGAGCAAGGAGGCACUUGAGUGGUGUUGGUUGCUGGAAAGUGGAGAGAGGCUGAGGUUCCUGAUCGAUCUUCUUCCAACAGAGUAA